AUGAAAACCGUCUUAUUUCUAAGAAAAAGAGCCUCUUCAGAGGACAAUUAUGAGAAAUUAUUCAAGAACAAAGGCUUUAAUACAUUAUUUAUUCCUAUUCUUACAUGUUCCUAUAUAAAUCAGAAAUGUCUUAGAAAUAUUUUAGAAAAAAGCCCAUAUAUAAUGUAUUCAGGGCUUAUUUUCACUAGUAGAAAUGCAAUUGUUUCUUUUAAAGAGUCUCUGAUAGGAAUUGAUAAACAAGAAUAUGAGAAGAUCAGCAAUAUGAGGGUAUAUACAGUUGGAUCAGCAUGUUAUAAAGAGCUAAUAUCACUUGGAUUUUCUAAUAUUUAUGGAAAAGAAUCAGGAAAUGCGGAAAAUUUGUCAAAAUUUAUUAUAUCAUAUCAUAAGAAAGAAGAACCUAUAUUAUUUAUUACGGGGGAGAGAAGAAUAGGUAUAUUAGAGAAGAAAUUACCAUUAUCAGGGAUUAAUUUGAAGGAAAUUGUUGUAUAUAAGAUGGAAGAGAGAAUUGAAUUUGAAAAAGAAUUUAAUAAAGUUAUAUAUGAUGAGGAGUUAAAUUUAGAAUGGAUUGUGUUUUUUAGUCCAUAUGGAUCAGAUAUUGUGAUGAAAUAUGUAAAAAACGAAGAUUUAUUAAAAUUCAAAAUUGCGACAAUUGGGAGUACUACAUGGAGACAUUUAAAUGAUAAAUGGAAUAUAAAAACAAGUGUAGUAUCUGAAUAUCCAGAAGCAGGAUCACUUUUAGAAGGAAUUUUGGAUUAUGAAAAAGAGAAAAAUGAAUAUUAG